AUGGAUCAACUAGUUGGUACAUUCCACACGACCAGGAGUGCUGCGCAAGCAUUCAUCACGGGAAGUAUCAAGGGGUCAAUUGUCUGGACGCACCCCACGACCGGAUGCCGUCCUAACAAAGCCAGUGAACUCGUCGUUCUCUUAUUGGGUCGUUCCCUCCACCCGCUACGGCACGUCGAAGGCCAGAAGGCCGGGAUCCGAAACAUGACGCAUACACUGGCUAUGGAGUGGGCCCAGCAUGGCAACGGUGUCAACAACGUCUUGUCCGGCCUGGUCAACACUGCUUCGACAUAUUGGGUGCCGCAGUUGCCCCCGAUUAGAAGCAACAGCUAA